GCCCAGAAGCAACCUUUUUUCUUGAAACUUGGUAGGUGUUAAGGGCUCAUAAUAAAGUUGAUGUUCUAGAAGUUUCACGAAAAACUAAUUUAACGUAGCGAAAUUAUUCACAGAUAAAGCGGUAACGGAGAAGACACGUACAAAUCUUCUCCGUUACCGUCUUUGUCUGUUAAUAAUUUAGCUAUUUUGAACUCGUUUUUCUUGAAACUUCUAGAACUUUCAUGAAAAAAGAUUGCUUCUUCAACGAGAUAGACUGGAUAAUAAGCGUGAAAAUGUCCUGAAAAUGCGAAUGGAAUGGCCGAGAAUUAAACGUUCAUCUCAUGAAUUCUAAAAAUUGUUGAAAAAUAACAUAAAAAUAUAAUUUUUCCUGUGAAUUAAAUUUUAUUUUAAGUUUUUUUCUUUUGUUUAAACAAAAAAAAUAUAUUUUAAGAAUUAAGAGUUAAGUUGUUCUACUUUAAAAUAAUAAAUUAACGUAAACCGUUUUAAAAGAAAAAACCUUGUUCUAUGUGUUUUUUUUCGCAUCGAACUUGAUUUCUAUUUUAUGUCGUAUGUCGUAAACAAGUGUAGGAUUAAACUUUGUUUAUUUUUUGUCGUAUGUGUCAUCAAUUUGUCGUAUGUGUUUGACUAACAAAUUUUUUCUGUGAAAACGUUACAUACGACAACGGCAUAUUGGACAAAAUUGACUAUUAUUUGUUUCUGGAUUGGAAUAUUGAAAUAAUUCUAACGCAAUUCAAUAGGCAAAUGUUUUCUGUAUAUACCAUCAUAUUUUUAAAAAAAUUCACCGUACAGUUUUCGAGAAAAAAAAUUCUGAACUUUGAUUGCGUUUUCCCAAAAGUAGCCGAAUGUAAUAUACGACAUUAUUUUAUUGAGGCGACGAAAUUUCUUUACAUACUCUUGUAGAAAUUGAACGCUCUACAAAAGGCCUUAUACACUUUUUUCAAUUAUCUAACCGUUUAGUAGAUAUUUGAGGUCCAAAAAUCGAGAAAAUCUUUUAAAAUUCGUUUUUUGUUUUUAGUUUUGUUACAAAUUGAAAAAUUAUAAUGUCUCCUGAACUGAUUUUUCAAACUUAGGCCGCAUGCGGAUUGGACUAAAUAUUUAGCCAGGAAUAAAUUUUGAUAUUUAUGACUGUGUAUAAAAUUUAGCCCUGAAUAAAUAUAGCUGUGUGAAUUUGGAUAGACCAAACAAAAAAAGAUUAUUACCUAAUUAUUUGUAUGCAAAUAUGUAGAUACAUAUGUAUAUCAAUCUACUUUACAUUCAACACCUUUUUAAUAAUGAUUUUUUUAGUAUAACCAAUGCAAUGAACUCAGUUCGUAACUGAAUCGAUUUUGUUUUUUAUUUACCUAUACCUUCAUUAUUAGAAAACAAAAAUAAGGUAACCUACAAAAAAAAACCGAAUCCGCAACAUAAUAAACAAAGACAAUGAAAAAUAAAAAAACAACAUAUUUAUGUUAUAUAACCCCGCAGGCACGCGUGAGUGUAGUAUAUUAAACAACACAACCCAGAAAUCAACCUAAAUAUGCAAAUCAAUCAUUGUGUACAUGUCAAAUGUCAAUACACAUUUUUUCAUACAAACAAGUGCAUACUUACCAAUGUACCCACAUAUCUAAUCCUUUACCUAUAUCCCCGCACGAGCGAUGUGAAUUACAUUACACAAUGCAAAGAAUUUCGCUGACACAAAAAAAAAAUAAAACAAAAAUGUCAACUCGCACGAGUUACAAAGGUACCCAUUCCUAUGGCCACACAGUUGGUACCUAUUCAGAUACCAAUGCCUAAACAAUAAUCGAAUAACCGUAGACUAAACAAAAGAUAAGAUAAACAGAACAACAUCUCAUCUCAGUAUAAACAUAUAAAUUUAAUCAAAUAUAAUUUUCAAAGACAAUAUUCGGCACCGUAGGUUAAGUGAUCAAAUGUAACAUAGUUUUAAGUCAGUUCUUAAGAUACCGUCAAUAAAGCAAGAUCAUCUCGAUCUGAUUAUUAAUAAAAAUUGUGCGUUGCGUUUUCAUUUUAAUUCUCCACGUUAGGAGAAGUUUAUAUAUUUUUUUAAGAUCCACGAGGAUCAGUUACUUAACUGGCGCAGUCGGUAGGAUACCCAGUAUCCGCUCGCUCGAAUAGAAAUAAUAUCGGUUAAAUCAAAAUCCGAUCUAAUAAAAGUGAGAAAAUUGUUCUGAUCUUAAACUGAGUAAAAUUGGGGUUGUGCGACCUUAUAAAUAAGGGAAAGUCAUAUUAACGCACUCUUAAAACACCUAUUGAGACUGAUAGGUUCGACCCAAAACUCUGAUCAAAUAACAUAAAUCAAAUCACAUAAAUUCGACAAAUUACAUAAUAUAAACAUAAAAUGGAGCAACAAAUUAGUCUUCUUUUAACCGCGACGGCGGAGCAGAAAGAACUCCUGCGGCAGCAGCAGUUAUUGCAGCAACAACAACAACCAGACACACAAGAACAUGACCAACAGCAACAUGACCAACAACAGCAACAACAGCAACAAGACCAACAGCAACAACAGCAAGAACAACUACCUGAUAUCAAACCUGUUACAAUUGUUCUACCAGAGAUGGAUAUAGUAAAAAUUAUUCAAAGAGUUAAACCGUUUAAUGCAGAAGGGCCAAGAGACGUGGCAUCCUUUAUAUAUGACAUAGAUAUUAACUUACAAUAUCUAACACCAGCCACAAAGGCUUUUACAAUACAAAAUGUAGUCAGAGGACUAAUACAGGGAAGAGCUCAACAACCAAUUCGAAUGCUAGGACCAUAUGCAACAUGGACAUCAAUGAGAGAAACACUUAUCAAAAACUUCGGACCCCAAGAAAGUUAUAUCAACAUAUACACAAAAGCAAUUUUCAAUCAACUCAACAGAAAAACAAUCUUUAUAAUUAUAACAUUGUUAACUAUGAGUCAAAUAACAAGCAUAAAUGCUGAUAUCCAAAUAGAAAACAUAGAAGAUGAAGGAAUCAUCCUAAUAAAAGAUGGAGACAUACCAAUAAUAAGCGAUUAUUAUCGAAUUUAUCACAGAAUUAAUUUACAAGAAUAUUUAGACACUAUAUAUAACUUAACUUUAUAUAUACACCAAAACGCAGAUAUUAUAUCAGUUAUAGGAAACGACCAAUCCCUUUUUCAUAAAAUUUCGAAAAUUCAAACCAAUAUAAACAUGCUUUUAAGUAUUAAUGAACAUUCUGUAAAGAAUAAUAAAACACUAGUAAAUAACAGAGUUAGAAGAGGACUAAUAAAUCCAAUAGGUUCAAUUUUUAAAUUACUUUACGGAGUAAUGGACAACGAUGAUAGAGAAGAAAUAUUAGAACAUUUAGAUAUCAUAGAUAAAAAUGAUAAAAAAUUAGUAGAUGCUUACAACCAACAAAUUUCUAUUAAUGGAAUUUUUCAAAACAAUUUUAAAAAUAUCAAAGACAAUAUAGAAGAAGUAAAAACCCAAUUUUUUAAAUUAACAGAGAACGUUAGAGACGAAAUAAAUGAAAUUAAAAACGAAAUUACACUACUUAAACUCCAUAAUUAUAUUUCUGAAUUAGAUAAUGAAAUUGAAAAAAAUUAUUGAUAAUGUAAAUGCAGCAAAAGAAGGAAUUAUGUCUAGAUCAAUCCUGGAUAUAGAUGAAAUUGAAGAAAAUUUUAUAGGUUUAAAUGAGCUAAAAGAAAUCAAAAUUAACAUUUUUGGUAAGGAAAAUUCAAAUAUUUUUAUAAUUAUAAUAAGUGUACCAAUAUUUUUAAAUAAACAAUU